UGAACUGUAAAAUUUACAACUGAACAAGUUACAAGUACAAGAUGUCUGAACAUUCCUCGGAUGUGGAUAAAUGGAUUGAAAUUGCUAAACAGUGUAAAUACUUGCCAGAAAACGACCUAAAACAACUUUGUGAUAUUGUUUGUGAUUUGCUUCUGGAAGAAUCCAACAUCCAACCAGUAUCAACCCCUGUUACAGUUUGUGGAGAUAUUCAUGGUCAGUUUUAUGAUCUAGAAGAGUUAUUUAGAAAUGGAGGCCAAGUUCCUGAUACAAAUUACAUAUUCAUGGGCGACUUUGUGGAUCGUGGCUACUACAGCUUGGAAACCCUCACUAGGCUGCUUACUUUAAAAGCUCGGUGGCCGGACAGAAUUACUUUACUGAGAGGAAAUCAUGAGUCGAGGCAGAUCACCCAGGUUUACGGAUUUUAUGACGAGUGUCAAACCAAGUAUGGAAAUGCAAACGCAUGGAGGUAUUGCUGUAGAGUUUUCGAUCUCCUCACCAUAGCUGCACUUGUAGAUGAACAAGUCCUUUGCGUCCACGGCGGAUUGUCUCCUGACAUAAAAACUUUGGAUGAGAUAAGAACAAUUGAUAGGAAUCAGGAAAUACCAUACAAAGGUGCGUUCUGUGACCUGGUCUGGUCGGACCCUGAGGAUGUGGAGACUUGGAACAUCUCACCUCGAGGCGCAGGCUGGCUGUUUGGAUCUCGAGUCACCCACGAGUUCAUGGAUAUCAACAAGCUCAAACUCAUCUGUCGAGCUCACCAACUCGUCCAUGAAGGCUACAAAUACAUGUUUGACGACAAGCUGGUGACAGUGUGGUCGGCCCCCAACUAUUGCUAUCGUUGUGGCAACAUCGCCUCCAUCCUGGAGUUAAAGGACGUUGACAACAAGGAGUCCAAACUGUUCUACGCUGUGCCGGACUCAGAUAGAGUUAUACCCUCCAGGGUCACCACUCCAUACUUCCUGUGAUCCUACAUAUACAUUACCAAAUAAUGGAUAUCGCUAUCCAAGCUAUUUUAAUAUUUUAGUGCCUAGGAUAACAACUCGAUGGAUAAUGAGGGAUGCUCGACAGCGUUGUGUAUUUUUGCAAGGUAAAUUUUGGUAAAGUCAAGAGGCUAAUGUCAAACGGGUUUAAUUUUAUCUCUGAUUAGCUUGAGAAAAUAUUUUGCCUGGUUACCAGAUUUUUACUUCGCUAAUUUUAAAGUUUGUCGUUUUCACAACAAAAUGUGUCAAAAGUCAUGAUGUCAUUUAUAUAAAAAUUUGAAUUGGUUUGAGCGAAUAAUAAAAUAUAUUAUACUUAAUGUUUUUUUAAUAACAAUUAAUUUAUACAUAUCUUCUCUAUUUGCCUGUUUAAUAUACUCAGUUUUUACAAAAUCCAGAGUUCAAAGAUUUUUGUCAGAACUAGUUUUUGUUAUGGUUUAAUUAAUUAUUGUAAUGAUUUAGUUUUAGUCCCUACAUGUAAUGCUAUAUGGUAAACGUUACACUAUUUCAUUAAGUUGUAAAUAUUUAAUCAUUGAUUAAAACAUAAUAAAACUGCUGCAAUUCCUGGCAAUGGGAUGAUUUUCAAUCAGCAGUGCUCGAUUUGGGGGAACGUGGCGGAACGGAGUUCUGGUCAAGAUAAAAACAUUGGCAUAAAUAGGUAUUAAUCACAUUUAAUAGGUUACAGUUCCGGCACCUCCUUUUUCACAAAUCGAGCACUGUCAAUCAGUAUCCCAUAAAAUUAUACUUGGAAAAGAAGAGGUGUUUCCAAAAUCCAUGCUGCAACACAGUACUGUAGUAUCUUAACAUUUUGCCUAUAUCAUGCGGGAAAUUAAUUAAUUUGGAAUUUUGAAUAAUAUUGAGUGUCUAGAAAAAAUGUACUAACCUACAAUUUCCUGUAGGUCUAAUUUACUUAUUUCGAGGAAUUAAUUAAAUUUUGUAUGCCACCCUCAUGUUAUUAACCUUUUUAGGCUGCAUUAACAUGUUAACUGCCAUACCGGUUUGAUUGGGUCAGGAAAGCCAGGACUGGUCCAAUCAUGCUGUUACCUUGGGGAAAAAAGUGUCACCAUGUUUCCAUCAGCUGAUUCCCUCUAAAAUUUAGUAGCCACCUAGAAAAACUGUACAUAGGCCUACCUCAGAUCCAUCACUGUGCUUACUAGAUGGCGUUAUGUAAUUUUGAUUGAUGAGUAGUUUUCAAAAGAAGCCUGUCAGAAUUGUAAACUUAUAACGACCCGAUUGGAUGGUGGAUUGAAUACCAAUGCUGGAAUAAAUAAAACAGCUGGAGGGGAAACAUGAUCACGCAGCUAAAAAUGGUACUGCCAACUACUCAAAGCAAAAUCAUUAGUACCCCUCCCUCCAAUCAAUUAUAUUUCUUGUACAAAUCACAUAUAAAAUUCCUAAAUUAAAAUAGAAAGUUGCACACCGAAUCUUAAUUAAGAUUAUCAUUAUUGUGACAAAGGAAAAUAUCCGUGUGGCAGUUAACGUGUUAAGCUUAGAAUGUAGAGUCUUGUGAUUCAUAAACGAGUCCUUAUGUCAAGUGAACUUCCUGUGGAAUGUUUGUAUGUUGUAAGUGAUAUAAUAAAGUAAGUGUUCACAUUUAGGGACAUGUGUUAACAGCCGUGCCUAUCUUACAUCAGCUGAUCUUUAUUAAGGAUAGAUUUUAUCAACAGUUAAAGGGUGUUCUUAUCCAUCCAUCGUACAUUUUAUACAUAUCUUAAUUUACAGUAUUGUUUUGUUACAUCGUAUACUUGUAUUAUUGUAGAUUUGGUAAUGUUUAUACUUACUGUAGUCAACACUGCAAUAGGGUUGUCUUAAAUGUUUAAAAUCUGAGCUUUAAAAUGUUUAAUUUAUAAAAUGUUAUGAAAAGAAAUAUUUGUAAAGAGUUCUUACACUCUUGUGGUUCAACUUGUAUGUAUUUUUUUGUUGGAAAAUAUAUAAAAAUGUUAUAUUAUUUUUCUAAUGAGAUUAUAUUCAAAUUUCCAUUCAUUUUGAAUUUCCAUUCUAAAUAAAAAUUUUAAGGUUUCGUACUCAAGUAAAAAUCCCACCUCAAUGGACCAGCUGUAGCUGAUAUUAGUAUACAAUACCCCUGCCCCAGCAAACCUGCAGACUUAGCUAAUUUCUGUUUGCCUGAUUGGAUUUUCUUAAAAAAUUGAUCCUAUUUAAAUAACAUUAAGGUUAACGAGCCUAUUUAGGUUUGCUGCUACAAGGAGGGUAAUAAAGUGUUUUUUAGUAAAAUGUUCACAGCUUGGUAAAAUAAAUAAAUUUUCCAAGUUUGGUCAGAAUAUAUUCAUAAACAAAAGCAACAACUACAACAGAUUAGAAAUUUUAUGUUUUGAGGGUCAAAAUUUAGAAAAACUAAUUUCUACCCCAUUAACCCGUUUCCAUAGUCUAAUCAAUCAUGCUGGUUCGUGAACUCGUUUAAAAAAAACAUAGGAUUACACAUUCGUACCAAGUUUAUUUGAAAUUUGAUAAUUUUUAUUUGAGUUAUCGUACUUAAUGGACACAAAUAUAAUAUAGGCCUAUUUAAAAUAUAUUAAUUUCAAGAAAAUCAAUUUUGGGUCCAAGUCUCACCAUGAGACCCAAUGUAUUAGCUCAUACCCUACCUGGGUAAUUAUCUUCAAGAACAUAUUUGUAUGAGCCACUCAAAGUGUUCUGCAGUCUAAAAUUAUAUUUUGCUCUGUAGUUUUGUUCAUUCUGAUAGUUUAUACCAUGUAAAAGAUACUAGAGUUUACAUGAAGUGGGAGGUACCUUAAGUUUGGCUCGGUUUUAAAAUUUGUGUAUUUGACAUUAAUCAGCAAUUAACAUAAAAAAUUCUGUCCGUGGCUUAAUUACACUAUGUCCAUUUUUAUUAAAAAAACAGUUAAUUCUUAAAUUAAAUUCUCUAUGUAUAAGUAUAGAGAGGUUUGUUAAAAAUGUGUAUUACAAAUUAUUUUUGUUACUGUUGAUUGAUUUCACAUUACUGUAUUUGUUUAAACGUAUAAAUCACAUUCUAUCAAGCAAAACAUAUAUGAUUUAUCGCUACAAAAUAAAACCACAACAUUUCCAAAAAGAAUAAUCAUGUCAUUGUAAAUAAAAAGGUAAUUUAUUGAGUAAUUAUUCACCUAAAAUCUUAUCUAACUUUUUAAUUGUUAGGCUUUAACUUUGAUCAGAUUUGUGUCGUGCUCAAAGUUUGAUUCCAUCUUGUGCAUUUUACUAUAAUUUUAACUAACCUAAAUAUUAGUUUGUUUCAUGAUGACAAAAAUGUAUAUUUCUGGAUCCAAGAUAACACAAGUAUACCAGAAUCACCUCUACUAAAAUUUAAUUUUGUAGUUUUUUUUUUAAUGAACAACCAUGGUACACACUGUUAGAGGUAACUACUAUUUAUAGGAUGUUAAAAUUGAUUGAUAAUUAUUGUUUUAUCUAUCUUCGCAAGAAGAAACUGUUUACUAUAGAAAUGCUAACAAUACCUUUUAUUAUCUUUAAAUGCAUACAUUUAUUUAAUCUACCUUUUGUCUUGUUUAAGUAAAAGUUUAAUAACAAUCAACCGUCUUGAUAUUUCUCGUAUAUUCUAAUUUUGAAGAAAAUAAUGUGUUUCUUUUUAAGCCCCGUUCACACGGGGCGAGUUUACAAGCUACACGCCGGCUUUUUUACACGCAGCUAGAAAAAUAGCUCAGUGUGAACGACGUACUCGCUCAAAAGCUGCUUGUAAAAAAGCUCUGGAAAAAGUUGACGCUGCCGCUACUUUACACACCAACUCGCUAGCUUUUGAGCGAGUAGGCAUGUAAAGUAGCCCAGAGUGAACAAGUUGCUUGUGCUUGUGCGCGUGUUAUUCAAAGAUGUUGGAGGAUUCGGUUCAAGCUAGCUACUGAGCGAGUGGACAAGCUCCGUGUAAACAAAUACAUCAAGCACACUCGCCAACUCGCCGGCUUCUUACACGCCGGCGAGUAGCUUGUAAACUCGCACCGUGUGAACGAGCCUUUAGAAAACAGGGGUUGUUAUAGUACCAGUGAAAGUUAUGAAAUAGAUUGUAAUCUGUGAUAUAUAAGUGUGAUGAUAAACAGGUGUAUGGAUUGAUUUUUGUAUUUUGUUACGUACAUGUUAAAUUUUAUAAAAUUAGUGUUUCAUAAAAUACGUAAGGUGUUAUGACAAAAUAAAAACAUAUUGAGUUUAAAUUUUUUACUGACUGAUGUUCUCAAGUCCAUUUUAGUUGAUAGUAUUGUUGAAAAUAUUAAUAAAUGUAAAGUUAUUGACUGAUUACUUAUAUCAUCCACAUACUAUAUUCAAAUUGGCUUCUCGCAAACUGGGUUUAAAUACACGAUUCACAUUGGUUAAAAUUAUUGUUUAAAGUGGAAAUUUGUGCAAAAAACUUGAAUGAAGUGUAUUUUUGACUUUGUCAUAAGAUUUCUUUGGGAACUUUUAAUUGAUUUUAUAUAUUGUCCUUAAUGAAGUUGUUGGUGAAAUACAAAAAUCAAGCCGCAAAUUCAAUAGUAGAUAGGCUGCACUACAUGCAUUGUCAUACUUUAUCAGGGCUGAAAUAUAAUUCUUAUUUC